AAUCGCGAGUUCACCAGAAAUUUUUCAAACUUAUUUGUGUAUAUGAACUAGUUCACAUACAUUAUUUGCAUUCCAGAUUGAUAUGGCUGAAGAAGUUAGUUCAGCAGGUAAACAACAGCUGGUAAACGACUCGGAUAGCAAUCGAGUGGACACGACAACUGCUGAGCCAGUCGUGAAGCAGACAGCACUGCCGGAUAAUCGCACCUUUCGACGUCAUCUGGAUUCUGCUUUUCAGAAAUAUGGUCCCCAACUGCCAAAUGAGAUAUUAAAAAUUAAUUAUUUGGAAAAGUACAGCAAAUGUGAUGUCGAACGAUACGUUAAUGAUUUUGCCAAAAAAUCGGAGGAAUGUGUUUACGGGAAGAUGGGCGACUGUAUUGAUUUUGUUCAGGUUACCAACUGGAGCGAACUAAUGCAUUCGGCGGGAAUGAAGGACACGUGCAACAAUGAACUAGCAUUGACAAUGAAGAUGAUUGCGCUAACAGAACAAUUUCCAGCACCGGAACAUGCUAACGGGGUGGAUUUCAAGUUGCUGUACUUAAAUCUAUCGAAUAUGAUGUUGGGGCAUCCGGUUCAGGAGAUGAAUUCGGCGACGUCGAAAGUGUUGAAAGAUGUUUACGAGGCAACGCUCUCACAGUUGAAGCAAUCGGACAGCACCGAAAAUAUGGUUCUUCUUCGUCAGCGUUUGAAAAAUAUCAUCUCUCCCAGAGCAUCUUCGUCCGAGAGCUUGGAAAACGUGGACUUGCCGGCGUACUUUGCCGACUCCAAUUUGAAUCCGUUCCAAUUAGAUUUCGAGAAACUAUUCUAUGUUUCUAGGUAAGCUUCUCAAUAUAGUAUUAAGAGAAAUAAGACUGAAAUAAAACCAAUGGUUUGA